GUUCCAAAACAUUUAAACGUGAAUCAUAGAUUACAUACGACAGUGUACGAUUAACAACAACGGCCUCCUAUUGGCUCUCUGCACACCACGUGACUAAUCACGCAGACGUCACAGUGACAGCCUGCUGUACAGAGAGCAGGAGUUUCUUCUGCUGCUGUUGCUCUGGAACAACAAGAGUCCUCCUGGAGUUUGAACUGCGAGCAGCCGGCAAACUCCUGCUCCCGAGCGGCUCCUGCCACCUGUUAACCUCCCCUCUCCGAAACUUUACAACCGCCGGCCCGGUGGAGGCGAGCUAAUGGAGCACUAGAGACUUUUAACGGCUCCAAGACAGCGACUUUAAAGCGAGUGUAAAGCACCGCCAUCCUCACAACCACCACCACCACCUCCACCACCACCACCACCCGACAGAAGCUGCAGCCAUGGGCAAACAGAACAGCAAGCUCCGCCCCGACGUCAUGCAGGACCUGGUGGAGAACACGGACUUCACCGAGCCCGAGAUCACCGAGUGGUACAAGGGCUUCCUGAGGGACUGCCCCAGCGGCGCGCUGUCCAUGGAGGAGUUCAAGAAGAUCUACGCCAACUUCUUCCCUUACGGAGACGCCUCCAAGUUUGCCGAGCAUGUCUUCCGCACCUUCGACGCCAACGGAGACGGAACCAUCGACUUCAGGGAGUUCAUUAUUGCUCUGAGUGUGACGUCACGCGGCCGACUGGACCAGAAGCUGAAGUGGGCUUUCAGUAUGUACGACCUGGACGGGAAUGGAUACAUUAGCAGGGCAGAGAUGCUGGAGAUCGUAACGGCCAUUUACAAGAUGGUGUCCUCCGUGAUGAAGAUGCCCGAGGACGAGUCCACACCUGAGAAACGCACAGACAAGAUCUUUAGGCAAAUGGACACAAAUCGAGACGGUAAACUGUCUCUUGAAGAGUUCGUGGAGGGAGCGAAGAACGACCCGUCCAUCGUGCGGCUGCUCCAGUGUGACCCCAGCAGCGCCGGGCAGUAGAACUGGACUUUUUCUUUUUUUUCUAGUUAAUUCAAAUUACACUCUCCGUUAUUAAUUUAAACAGAUCCUCAGAAUCCACGGACACCCAGGGGUCAGAGAGGGCUCGUCAUGCCACACCCACACCCACACAAACGCACAGCAUUGGUCAGUUCAAAGUGAAGACACCACUCAGUAGUGCUGCACACGUUUGUGCUCCAAGGUGAAUAGUAGUGGACGGCGUGGGCCGUAGACGGUACACAACUCCCAUCAAGGACUUUUGGGUCAGAACAUUCAUGAGGUUCUGAGUCUGAUCCAGGUCUGCUGUGUUAUUCUUUGUAUUUCUUUUAUUCUUAGACGUAUUAUUCCUCUUUUAAAAGGGAGUGAAAACUGAAGAGAUUUUUUUUUUUAAGUAUUAUACUCCAACUUUAACACUGGAUGUUAUGAAGAACGGCUCACAUUACAGCCCGGGAAAAAAAGUGUAGUUUAUCGGAUGAAAAACUGUAUUUUUGUUCUUUUUUUUAUCAAAAAAAAGUCAAAGUUAUUUUAAAUGUAUAUUUCGGAGAAAUGUUACAAAAAAAAAAAAAGUCUGACUACAGAUGAUGUCAUCAUCUGUUCAAGCGUUUUAGUUUUUUUUUUACAUUUCCCUUCAACAGAAGUUUGACAUGUUGACAUAUGCAUAAAGAAUAGAAGCUGUGACUCUCCCUCUUUUUUAACGUUGUGUUUCAACGAACGUAAAAAACAAAGUGGAGGCAGUUAGAUAUGAAUAUAUAUAUAUGUAGAGUGUGCAUAUAUAUUCUCUUGCCGUGUGAAAACACUGUGGAUGCAGUGGAAAAAGAUUCACUCUAAAGGCGAAAAACAAAAUCAUAAAUUAUUGAACUGUCCAGGUAAACAUUUUUUUUUCUUUGACUGUUUGUACAGUGUAUUCACUCAUAUUUAUGAUAGAAACAUGACGACGUUUUUUUUUUUAAUCCUGAGAGGACCACUGGUAGUGCUAUUGUAUUCUUUUCCUUGAUUGUCACCUGCUACGUUUAGUGGGAGCAGCAUCUUUUAACAAAGGAAGUAGUGUCAGAUUUCACUUUUUACUCCGAUACUCCACCCCCUCCCUCCCUCUUCACCUCACCCGUCACUGCUGUCUUCAGAUUUAAACAGAAGCUUUUUUCAUGAGCCGUGUUGUUUCCAGUAAAACAUCUGGAAAAACACAGCUUCAAAACCACUACAGAGAAUCUGUGUCAUUUUAAACCUGAAGUCAACGAAACAGAAUUUAUUGCAAAGACGUUUGGACAUAAAUAAAUCAGUCCUCGCCAAAUUAAAUUCCUUUUGUUUGUUAAGCGAUCCUAGUUCUGCUUGAAAUUGCGUGGGUUUUGGUCCAGUAUUGGAGUUGGACAUUAAUGUGGAGCGUAGAUUCACCUCCUCCCUCCUGCUAAAUCUGAAACGUUGUCUGAAAAUUCUACCGCGACAGUAGCCGUUGGACAAAGUCAUUGCAACUGUAACGACAAAGGGUUAGGACUUAGUGACAUUUCUGCUGUUUCCAGACUGUUGAACUGACAGACGCUGCUGUGAAAUCCUCAGAUGAAGUUCCCACCCUCACAGGUGGAUUAAUAUGAGCUUAUUAGGACAAAGAAGUCGUGACGAAUGCUGUGGGUUUCUGCACAUUUCAAGUAGGUGACGUGGGACGUCCGUCCCUGGCAUCACUUCAUUAGCAUCUCGUGGUCAAGUGCCAAAUGUAGAUGAAGCAGUGGACGAAGGAACACAGUAUUAAAGCCGUCUGGACCUGACGAACAAAAGUGACACACAUUUGUCAUGGUAUCAUUUUUGUAGAUUUUGUAUUGUCAACCUGCAUCAUUGUGUUCUGUGUAGGAAUUCCAUUUUGUUGUUGAAAUAAAGGCAAAAUGGGAGACGGGA